AAGAACGUGGAGCAGGACCUCCAGAGCCACCUGAAGGCCGUGAUCUCUGCCCAGGAGAAGCUCCAGCAGCAGCUGAGGACGGAGACGAGCGGGAGGAGGAACCUGGAGGUCCUUCUGAAGCAGCAGCAGGAGAACCACGGAAACCUGCAGAGGAAGAACAGCCAGAUCCUCACCAACAGCAACCUGCUGGCCGAGGAGAUCCGCAAGCUCAAGCUGAGCCAGAGCCAGCAGCAGAUUAGCGGCCAGGCUCUGGUUAAAGAGCUGGAGCAGGUUAAAUCUUCCAGGGACCAGCUCCAGAAGGACCGGGACAGCCUGAGUAAGGCCCAGAAAAGCCUCCAGGAGCAGUACGAAGCGGCUAAGGGACGCCGCCAGCAGCUAAUGGCCGCCGUCGACGCCCUGACCCGGGACCGGGACAACCUCCAGAACCGGUACAACAACGCGAGCCGUGCGCGGGACCAGCUUCAGGGCAGCUACAGCCGGCUGGUUCAGCGCGUGGAGCAGCUCCAGGACAGCCACAACCUCUCCACCACCCAGAGGGAAAAGAUGGCCAGCAGCCAGCAGAACCUCACCCAGGAGCUCCGGUCCCUGGAGGCCACCUGCGGUAUCCUCAGGGCCGCCCAGGACCAGCUCCAGAAGUCCUACAACGCCCUGUUAGGGGAGAAACGGCAGCUGGAGGCGGAGCUCCAGAACGCCACGGCGACCGGAGGCCAGAAGUUCGAGAACAGCUGCUACUAUGCCUCUUCGACCAAGAAAAACUGGAACCUGAGCCGGGACAACUGUAAGAACAAAGGAGCCGACCUGGUGGUCAUCAACAGCCUGGAGGAGAUGAAAACCCCAUGA